CCAACGCAUUCUUCAGUAUGUCCUCCACAGCUACCACAAGGAAGUGAAGAAAGUCAUAAAUGCGGCUCAAGGUAGCUGGGAGAGGUUCAAAGUGAGGAUGCAGAGGAAAUACCGCCUGGGAGAUGGGCUAUUGACUACCGCGGACCUUGAGGCGAUGAACAAAGAGGAUUUUACGACGAUAGGGGCCUUUGUUCAAAAAUUUAAGAAGAGGGUGCGGAAGGUUGCUGGGAUUUCCGAGGAAGCGCAGUGCGCCAUUUUCCUAGGGCUGCUCACGGCAUCGGAGGCCGUCGAGUUGACGAGACUUGGAGGGGGUAGCACCAAGCUCACCUGGGCCACCAUUCACAGAGGGGUGGAAGUUGGGUGUUUGGACCAGGUGGAGCAACGUCAGGUACGCCUGCAAAGGCAGAAGAGAAAGGAAAGAGAUGCGACCGCUUCUGGGACCCCGGGGGUAACAAGGAUCGUUACAGACGUAUUGGCACAGUUGGGGUAUGCGACAGAGCCGGUGAUGCAAAGGAGGGUAGUAACGGUUGUCCAAGUGAAAGGAACGGAGCCGGUGGUAGAGGAGGCUGCUCAGGAGGAGCUAUGGGAAGAGGAAGAGCCGGUGCCGCAGCGUCUGACGAAGGCCCAGCGCAAAGUGCGUAACUUGGCGCAGGGCGGACAGGGAUCAGGAAAAGCGCAGGCGCCUCAGGCGUUGACAGCAACCCCUUUGAAUGUGGCGGCUCCAUCAUCUAUUCACAGGGAAGCGUGGCUGGAGGUGGGAACCAGGGGCAGGGCAAUUAAGGCAACGGAGGGAGGGGUGGAGGAACGGGGCGAGGCAGGAAUGGCGGCGGAAGAGGAAGGCAAUGGAAUGGUCAAGGCCAGGGGUACCAAGGCCAAGGGAAUCAAGAGUAAAUGUGGUGGGGUCGUCCCACAAUUGGGAAUGAUGGGGAGACCCCUCACUCCGCAGGCCCGGCUGGCGCAGGCAGCACGAACGAGAAGUCAAGCCAAAGCCAGCGUCAGCCAAGAGCCGCCAAGGAGGGAGCUAGAGGCAGGAAAAAGAAAGGAGGCUGUGGAAGUGGAGGACGUCGACAAGGAGGAAGAGGAUGAGAGGCUGCGCAGGGAGGAGGAUCAGAGAGCGGAGCAGCGGGCAAGGAAAAAAGGAGUCAGGGGAGAGGUCGAGUCGGUCGUGCGCGACGGACCGCCCAAAAGAAAGAAGUAUGCGGUUCGGUUGGAGGAGGGGUUUGACGUGGAGAGAGUGAUCGACCGGCUGCUAGAAGGGCACAAUGACCUUAUGACUCUGAAGGAAAUCCUAGCGUCGGCCCCGCGACUCCGCGAUGAACUAAAGGGGAGAUUAUCGCGCCGCCUGGUGCACAAUGUCCAUCUGGGUACGAUCCUGCCCAAGGAGGCAGAGUGGGCGGAGUCAGGUACGAAGAUGGACUGGAAGUGCGUAGCCUGCGGCACGGUGGAUUUGGUGGUGAAGGAGUCCAAGAACCGGCUCAAUCAAGGAUCUUUCACGAUUGAACAAUCGGAAAGUGAGCGUCGGAGGUUUCGAGCAGAGCCAAAAGGAGAAGAGAAAGUGGAGGCAUUUUCCCUCAUCCUGUCAGAUGUUGGGAAGGCGAUGGACUUGGUGGCCGCGCAUGAAAUGGCAGAUCCGGAUGCCAUCCAAGCCUUGAGGGAGCAAGUUCUGAAAUCCCCCGCGGAAAGCCUCGACCAGUCAGGCUCGUUGAACCCGGCAGGGAAUGUGGACGAAGUGCCCGAGAGCCAAGACGACGAGUUCGAGGAGGGGGAGAUAAAGGAGGUUUUUCGUGCAGAGGAGUAUGACGGGAUCUACUUAGAGCUGGGGCUUCUUCUGUCAUGUGAAAUGCGACUAAAGGAUGCAAGCGAUAGGACUCAAAGAGGGCAUCGAGAGGUACAAGCCGCGUAUGCCAAAAUGGCAUUGCAGGAGGGCAUCAAGAGGUACAAGCCGUCGUACCAGCGCUUCAUGAUGGCAUUGCAGCGCUAUAACUAUAUCUUCGAUGCGCGCGAUAACGUGUCCGACUUUACAAAGAAAGUCAUGCCAAGAGGAGGGAAGGGGACACGGCCGCCUCAAAGGCCGUUGGGCGCAUCAGGGGGAUAUGAGCGGCAUGGGCCUCGCCAUCGAGAGAGCACUCCAGAGUAUGACGGUGGUGAUAUCGAGCUAUUCCUAAACAGCUUCUGGGAGCAUGCGCAGCGUAUGGGUUGGACUUCUCGGUAUACUUAUGCGACCUACCCACGGGCAGCUGAUAGGGCAUAGUAUAAAGGGACGAAGUGCAGCCCAUCUGUGAAAGGUUGUGAGGAUUUUGAAGAUCUAUAAGCACUGGAGGCUCGAAAUGCUUACCGUGUU